AAACCUUAUUUUCUCUGUCUCUCUCUAUCUGUCUCUCUCUCUUUCUCACCUCACCUCCAAUCGCACUUGCUUUACCUCUUCAGAUCAGACGUCCAUUUCAACUCCUCCAGUGAAGAAGACAAGAGAAUUCAAUUCACCGGAGAUUUCUACUCCGAUCGAUCAAUUGAAGAUUGACAUGGAAGCUAAUUCUGGCGGUGGCGGAGGAGCUGAAGGCGGAAGAGCCACAGCCGGAGGAGGAGGGAGCGAUGUUGAAUUGGUGAGCAAGACGUUGCAGGUUGAGCAUAAGCUUUUCUAUUUUGAUCUCAAGGAGAAUCCUCGCGGAAGGUAUCUGAAGAUAUCGGAGAAGACGUCGGCGACGAGGUCAACCAUCAUCGUUCCUUCCUCUGGCAUCUCUUGGUUCCUCGAUCUCUUCAAUUACUACGUCGAUUCCGAGGAACAUGAGCUUUUUAGCAAAGAGUUGCAGCUUGAUUCCAAGGUGUUCUACUUCGACAUCGGUGAGAACAGAAGGGGACGUUUCUUGAAGGUGUCAGAAGCAUCAGUUAGUAGAAAUCGAAGUACCAUUAUUGUUCCAGCUGGAAACUCUCCUGAUGAAGGAUGGGCAGCUUUCAGGAAUAUCUUGGCUGAGAUUCAUGAAGCAUCUGGACUUUUCGCUAUGCCAAAUCAGAAACCUUCUGAUGGACAGGAACAUCUGGUUGGACUAUCAGAUGAUGUUGGAGCUGGAUUUAUACCUGGCCAUGGUAGCCAGCAGCCAUCUUCUUCGGAGCACACUGUGGAUCGAGCAACUGAUUCGCCAAACCAGGAUGAAACGGGAAUGACUAAUGUUUCUAAAGUAAUCAGAGCUGACCAGAAACGGUUCUUCUUUGAUCUUGGGAACAAUAACAGGGGCCAUUUCCUUAGGAUAUCUGAGGUGGCCGGUGCUGACAGGUCCUCCAUCAUUCUACCAUUAUCGGGUCUUAAGCAGUUUCACCAAGUAAUAGGUCAGUUUGUGGAGAUCACCAAAGAUAAGAUUGAAGGUAUGACAGGUGCUAAUGUCAGGACAGUUGACCCUCCUCAGAGAUAAGUAUUGAUUCUUUUUAGAGGAUGGAAUUCUCGAUCUUCUAAUCAUUUGAAUCUGGCUACUUCAAAGUAGCUUGUCUUAAUCGCUCGCGGUGUGCAAUAGUUUCACAGUAAUUUCUCGCCCCCUUCACAUCCCUGUAAAAAAAUAAUUCAGCAGGAUCAUCAUCUCAUCUGGCUUAAUAGCACAGAUAACUCUGGAGUCAGCAACUGGGGAAUAAGCUGAAAUUUAUCCACCAUUUGUCUCUCUCUCUCUCUCUCUCCUUCCUCUUAGAAAAAGUUUAAACAAUUGUGAGUUUGCUUCUGUUCUGUUUAACUUCUUCUUCUUCUUCUUCUUUAUUUUUUUUAUGUUCAGUUUGGGUCAUUGGGUGUAUAUCUUGACGGCUUGAUGCAUUUAAAUUGUAAAAGAAUAUUGGGGUUUAUAUAUGUUUGGGCUUACUGCCA